AGGUUAUUAACUUAAUAACAUUAGAUAACUUAUAUCUUGGUUUUAAAAUUAAAAUGUUUCUUAGAAUUCUACCUUAAAAAGUUUUAAUGUUUUUUUAAAAAUUAAAUAUUUAUAUUUUGUAUUUAUAAAACAUUUAACUUCAGUUAGUUUUAAAUUGUGAACUAUGAUUUUAGAAGACAAUCAAAAUGUUUCUAAACCAAGAAAUACCCGAGCAGCUCGACCAAAAGUUGUUUAUCAAUGGACUGUUCAAGACGUUCAAAAAUGGUUUCGUCGACAUUGUUAUGAUUAUUAUGUAUUGUAUGGUGAAAAAUUCUUACAGCAUGAGAUCAUUGGUAGAGCCUUGAUUAGAAUAAAUGAGAAUCAACUAUAUCGCAUGGGAAUCAUAAAUCCAGAUCAUAAUCAAGAAAUAUGUCGUGAAAUUCUUAAACUACGUUUAAAAACAUACAUCUUAGAAUUUAGAGAUCUUGAGCGGAAUAAUCUUUAUGAUUAAGAAUAUUGAUAAAUAACAAUGACUAAAUAGAAUUACCUUUGAACUACUGAAAAUGAUGAACUGGGCAAUUCAACAUCUAUAUUUUCAUCUUUAGGUGCUGCAGUUCCUAUUAAUUGAGUAACAAAGAGAUCUAUUUCAUGCUUGUAACCAUGACGACCUGUUUGAUCAUAAAAUAAUGGGUCUGAUGUUUCAGAUACUCCAUUGUCAUUUGCAUAGGUUUUAUACCUAUAAAGCCGUAAAAUUUGUUUGUUAUUCAUUUUAAUUAUUUGUUAAUAAAAAAAAAUAUAGAUAUUUUUUUAAUUACAAUGAAAGUCCUAAAGUAGUGUUACGAGGACUGUUAAUUUCUAAUGAUCCAAUUUCUGUUUCUACUUUGUAAGAAGAUAUUGGAUUAAAUGUACUAAUAUCAUUAAGUUUACCAUUUUUGUCAAAAAUUCUUAUUGCUCCUGGAACUUCACCUCCUUAAAUUAAUUAAUUGUAAUAUUUUAUUUGAAGUGUGUAAAUGAAUUUUUUCAUAGUUUAUUAUUAUAAUAAAUGUAUAUUUUUAAAAAAUA